AUGUACCGAAAUUAUGAUAAAUUGGAGGAAAAAGAAGCUCAUUAUAAAAAAAAAAAAGAUGCUGCAAUGGCUUACGGAUGUGACCCGAACUUUGAUGGGGCUGCCCUGACUGAUUCAUUAUCUUAUACAAAUUGA